GCAGCGUAAAUUUCGGCUCGCAUUGGUUUAUUUCAGUCAGAAUCUUGAAUUUUUCAGCUCGAUAAACUCGCGAACAAUCAACUUCAUAACUACUUCUUGCUACGAAUUACAGCGAUUAUAUUGCGCUGUUUGUUUACAUGUAUUUUGAAUUUGCGCGCGGGUAAAAUCGGUGAUUUUAUAAACGGUACGGGUAUAUUCCGCUAUUUGAGUCUGGCAGCACUGGGUUCAACCUUAAUUCAACCCUAACUUAACUUGAACAAGCUUUGCCCACCCUAGCCUAGCCCAAGGAGCCUGGCCUUGCCUAGCUCAACGUAACCUAACCUAGUCUUGGCAUUUCUGCAAUAUACAUUUCUGUUGAGACAUGCAAGUGGGAAUUAUUGGCCAAGAGGUGGGCGAAAAAGCAGAGGGUUUUCGUACAUUCGAAUAAGGGUGGAAAAGAACGCGAAGGUAAAGAAAUCUGAUCAAAUGGCCGAAUUUAUGUGACUGCUAUUUUCGGAUACAUAUUCGGGGAAUAGACAUGAGUGACCGAACCGGAUACGACACGGGUGAUCGUUCUACGUUCUGUAAGGAAUCCGGGCCGGUAUAACGAAUUACCGAUAAAUCGUACAACUGUCAAGUCCGAGUGAUAUAAGGAGAAUAAAAAAGCCGCGCCGACAGCGGGAGCCGCGGCUCGCGUGAUACUGAAAUUCAAUAUAAUUGAAUGAAAUGCACAUUAUGGUCAUGCAUGUAACACUAAUAAUAACUCGUAUCACAGUUGGCUUCGCCAUGUAUCAAGGAUCCUCGGCAUCAUCCUCGGAUGAAGGUAGCGUCGCUACCAUAAAAAUUGGAAAGUGCUGCAAAACCAACGAACUGAUUGUCGAUGAUCGAUGUACACCGAUAGAAGAAGCCACACACGGAGCAGGACCGUGGAAGCCGAUAUUUACCGACGAGGAUGGACACGGUUUAACAGACCAGCCAAAAUUUGAAUUAAAAUUUGGACUACCAAAGUGUAAAAAUGAUGAAAGACAGUGGAAGAUAUACGACGUGCCGAACCCUCCCAACAUGGAUUUACUGAGAAUCCUCUCGUCUGGUAAGCUGCGACAUUGCACCCAGUGUAACCUUGACAAAGACUCGACUGCUGAUGAGCUGGUGGAAGGUGAACGGAACAAUGCCAAAAACAAGAGAUACUACGACUAUGAAUUUGGAACCUACUGCGCUGACAAGACAAUAUUACGCAAAGAAAACAUGACAACAUUCUAUGCACGUGUGUGUUUGCCGAUAAAGAAACACGUCAUGCAUACAGAUGUCAUCAUGCGGCGAGUUAUAGAUCCGUCGUUUCGAGCCAUAUCCAUUGCCUGCUAUCUCGUCGUUGCGAUCGUAUACUUUGUCUUACCGCAAUUGAAGAACUUGAUUGGAAAUAUCGUAACAAGUCUGAUGCUAUGCCUUGUGGCGAAUCAUUGCGCGGCAAUGGUCAGAAUUUUCCCCGAGUUUGGCAGUCAUGUGAACUUUUUGGUCGCAGAUGUAGUUAUGUAUGUGUCACUGAUGUCGGCGUUCUUCUGGUUAAGCAGUUUGGGCUACUAUAUAUGGAAGACUUUUAGAUCACGCAACAUUUUCCUCCGCUCGACCGAUGGAAAAAAGUACUGUUACUACUCUCUCUAUGUGUGGUCCCUAACCGCAGUUAUAGGAACAAUGGCGAUUUUCUCACACUUCAAGUUGGACACCAACAAAACAAUGAUAGUCGACGUGCCGGACACCCCCCAGGAAACCAUAGGGUGGCUGGCUGUAGCAGUUCUUUUUACACCCGUUGCAUUUAGUGUCAUUUUUAAUGUAUGGUUCGUUGCGACGACCACAAAUUUCAUCAAACGAAUGAACACGUACGGCAGAAUUCACCAUAAAAUGAAGUAUAGUUUCAGAAUGUUUGUAUUUCUAUUUAUUAUCAUGGGGGUUGCCUGGUCAUUUACCCUACUUUCCUGGAUGAGAUCAGAGUUGGAAUACUGUUCCAUUGUCAUAAAUUUGUUACAAGCCAUUCUAAUUCUAUAUGUAUGCGUGUUCGGUCAAAGAAGAGUCACCUUCUUGUUGAGAAAAACUUGCAACUGUUGCAGCCCAGGUGACACUGCUCAGGGCCUCGAUUGGGGUGAAGAAAUGACAGCUAUUAAUCUGGGAUAACUGUGUCGCACAUUGCCGAGUCCCUACUGCUGACUAAUAAUUUCAUUGUCAACGAGUUUGUGAAACCUACAUUCCACAAUUGAAUCUAUUUUUCCCAUGACUUGACAAGUAUUUUCCAUUCAACCAUACUGAUGCAAAUCCAGAGAUUUUAACAUUUUGUCGGUAACAGCCGACUAUCCACAUAAAUUAUCCAAUCAUUUUGAAGGAUGCAAAUUUCAGCACCAAGGGUACUACUUUUAUAAAUCUCAAUCAAUUCCUACAAUUAGCCCGAUCGUAUAAUCAAAUCCUUUGACGCAAUCGCACCAUAUCUAAGUACUUAACUAAUUAUACAUUUCACUGUUUGAGUCGUCGCACGAGACUGAUGAAACAAAUUAUAAAAUAUAUUAGCCCGUCAUCUGGUUUUGUAAAAAAUUGACUCCAACUUCGAGGAAGCAUAUCUAUUGUUAAGUAGACGGAAUUUCUCAAUUAGUAUUAGGAUUAAGCUCAUCGAUUGAAGAGUAACUCUGUACCUUGCACAGUGCCUUUGUUUUGGAAUAUUUAAUGAUAAUAUUUACAGAACACUAAUGCACUUUAAGGCUCUCACUUGUUUAGUGCAGCGAUCUCAAAUCUUUAUACCUAAAUCUAUUAAUUGACAUGAAUAAAAUUUUUUUAAUCUGCAAA